AUGUGGUGGAUUGUUGUGGUUUUCGCUAGCGUUGCUGCUGAUUUAUGGACAGAAACAGAGCGAAUCAGCGAUUUACAACAAUGGCAUGCGUUAUGCGGUCGUUACACGGUGGCGAAGGCUUAUAUGGAAGACAGUAACGCCAGGAUUACGGUAUUUGCACCGGUCGAUGAUGUCUUCACUUACAAUCCAGACAUUCGAGCCCUUGACCAGAAGGAGACACUUAGUCACAUCGUGGAUACCCAAGUGGUCGAGAUUUCUCAAGGAAAGCGAUGGGAAAAACAGACGCUUAUCCGAUCGACAAUCAACAGCGGUUACAUGUACAUUACACAGUUCGAGAACAAUCCAGGAAAUUUUUCAUACUUCGCCAAUGCUGGGAUGUUGUGCAAUCACGCAUCGAAUCAAUGGGGGAUGAUUUCCGGCGAGCAGUACCUGUACAAAAUCUGCACCCCAAUCGGCCACCGACCUUAUCCUGGCACGACUUUGUCGUUCAUCCGAGACUCGAUCAGACAC